AAGAUAUUUUGGUUCUGGCCACAUAGUUGUAAAAGACGUUGCCGGUAGCAAGGACCCAGCCAUGUCGGAGCAGGAUUUUGUUGGCCGCGUGAUUGGUGCUGCUUCCCAGGGAGCAGUGGGUGCUGUGGUGGCAGCUUCGCUGAGUGCGGUGACGGAGCCGUUGGUGAACAACAUGCUGGUGAAGCGAGUACCCCUGAUGGAGGCUGUGAAGGCUUUGGAUCCUGAGAUGAUCAAGAAGUUCUUGCAGACCACCCUGGCGACGAACUUCAUCAAGUUCCCAUUCUUUGAGGCCACCAACAUCAUCAUGCAGGGAGUAGAUCUUCCUCCCACCGCAAGAGGAGCAGCAUUGGGAUCUGUCUUUUGCACAAUCACCCUGCCAAUCACCAACUACCGCUUCCGAAAGUCCAUGAACUUGCCCGUGACCCCGGGAAACCUCUACCAGGCAUAUGGCCCAACAGUUUUGCGAGACAUUAUCUAUGGCAUUGCUCGCAACAAGGUCUCCGUUUUCCUCACCAACUUGAAUCCCACCUUCGCGAGCACCAUGAUGGGCAGGGUUGUGAACAUGUUUGCCACUGUUGUGGCAGCAUGUGUUUUGUCUGCUCCUGGCAACGAAUUGCGGGGCUACUGCUUGCAGCCUCCAGAUCGCAAGCAAUCCUUCGGAGACUUCUUCCAGCCAGCAAAGUUCAUUCGAAGCACAUCGGUUGGUGCCAUCAUCAUGGGCAUCAGUUUGGCCAUUGGAACAAUGGCAACACCCCAGGUGGAGAAGAUGGUGGGCAUCAUGAAAGAGUACCUGCAGAAAAACCCUCUUAGCUACGUCUUGAUCAUCCUCUUCGUCCUUCAGCAGGUCAUUGCUAUGCGUCGCCAAAGUGAGCUGGUUGAUGCAGUCAGAGGUGAGGGUGACAAGUUUUCAAUUUCGCCUGAUGCGAAGGCAAAGGCAUAGAGAGUGUAGACGAAUGUAGAGGACGUCUGGCGGCUUUUUGCCUUGACGUCUCAAAGUUUGGAGCUUGGCAGGCUUAGCAAUUGUAAAAAACGAUUGCAGUAGCGCGUUUCUGAAUGCAGGGUGUACCGCCCCUCCUUUGUUUCGCACUCCUCAGACCAGAGGAUGGACAGCAGCACAUGGCUGCUGAAACGGCUCUGGUGAUGAUUUCGCGAGUUGAGAAAAGAUUUGCUGUAAACCUGCAAUCCUUUGCUUUAAACAUUUGUGGGAUGAUACAAAGCAAUUGAGUCUAUGCAGUUGUCGUGCAAACACAUUCCAU